CUUAUACAUGUAUAAUUACAUGAAAAAGAAGGGCCUUGAUCAUGUUGCUGACACAUUUACACAAGAAGCAAAAAUUGAUACGUCCCCAUUGCUCGAUUCAGAGGAAGGUCUGCUCAAGGAAUGGUGGGAGGUAUUCUGGCCUCAAUUUUCCUCCAUGAUGGAAAACAAUGCCCCAGGGAAUUCACAAUUUUCAACUCAGUCAUCCAUGCAAGCUGCCCUAGCUAUGCUGCCUUCACUCCAAGCUAUGCCGGUUGGAAAUUCUCAGAAUAAGGUGAUCCCCUCUCAUCUGCCGAACCCGCAGAUAGUUGCUACUGGUGGUUCAUCUGUGGCUGAUAUGAUGGAACAACCACCUGUGUUGGCAACUACCCCUAUACAUAAUCAACGCAGGGCUGGUAAGCUUCCAAUGAAUACUGAAACUGAUGGUAUUAAUCCUGGAAAAUCAUCAGCUCAAGCAAUUCGAAAGGGGCCUCUUGGAUUUCCUCCCGUAAAUGUUCAUCCAACUCAACUAGUGCCGUUUGAUGUUGAUCAAAUGGUGCACACAGCGCCCCCACCUUCGGGCAAUCCCAGCAACCUACAUGUACAAGCUCCAGUGCGGUCUCCUCUGCAAGUGACCAAGGAUCCCAGGAAUGAUGUUGGCGGGGAAAAGCCAGGUCAAAUGGAGUCAAAUGGUCUUUAAUGAGAUUCUGCAUACUCAGUGACAGGAUUUUAGUUGAGUUUGGAUAUUUGAAAUAAUAAUUUCUUCUUAAAUGAUAAUGGAUUUUGU